AUUCUGCAAAGUUGUUGGCGGGUUUUGCGUUUCCUAGGCAACGGACAAACAACAUGGCCGCCGAAGGGAAGGGGAAAGAGAAAGACCCAGUCAAUAUCGUCCACCAGAAUGCCAUAUUCUGCGAGACGGUCCACAAGGAGCAGAGACACCAAAAACUUUAUACUAAUUUCGGGACUAACCCUUACAAGAAAAUGCAUGCUCUAUCAGGUAAACCCAACUCGAUACAUGACUCAGGAGAUGGAGAGGAAGACAGUGAGUUUCUCAAGGUUUACAGAAGGUCUCAGCAGCUACCGAAGGAGAAGUAUCCAGUACCGCAGACAGAGGCACAGGAGAUUGGCUGGGACACUAACCCACUAGUUGCUACACGUAGAGAUGAUACCAGACUCCAUCAUCCAAGGAAUCAUUCCGAAAUAACUAAAUUCAUGGACGCGUUUUGGAAACAGAAAGAGCAGCAGUCGCUACACGGCAGUGACUAAACCACUAACAAGACCAACUCCUAUCCUUCAUCACUCUAUGACACACACUGAAACAACAAGUACUGAGUGAUAGGGUUUUCAUUUUAAACUGUUUGUGUGUGUGUGCAAAACUAAUAGAUUUCACAUUCAUUUUAUCUACUAUUGUACAUGUAACAAUAAUAAUAAUAUUAAACGUUGUCUGUAUAAAUAAACUCUUUUCUAUUGUAUUAUGAUUAUCUUUAAUUUAA